AUGGCGGACUCCAACAAGAAAGGGAAACGCAGUAACAAGGCCAACGCCGAUGUGAUUAUCACCGACAAGCGUUUCGCGAACAUUCAGAGUGACCCUCGAUACCGCUUACCCAGCAAACGUCACACCCAUGUCAAACUCGACAAACGUUUCUCGCACAUGCUGCGUGACAAAGACUUUUCCAGAAACGCUGCAGUAGACCGAUACGGCCGCAAAUUGAAGCGAGACGAUACCAAAAAGCAGCUCGAGAAAUUUUACCAAUUGGAAGAAGAUGAAGAGGUCGAUAACGCAUCCCAAGUCAGUGUUGACGAUGAUGAUGAAGUUAGGAAGGAAUUAGAAAAGGCGAAUAAGAGGGAUUAUGAUCCAGCGCGUGAUGGCGGGUUUUCGGAGUCGUCGUCUUCAGAAGAAUCUUCAGAUGAGGAGGAAGACGAGGAGGAAGACGAGGAGGAUGCGGCAGCAGAAGAGGUCGAAUUUCCUGAUAAACAGCAAUCGGACGUUCCGCUUGGAGAAGUGACGAAUCGAAUUGCCGUUGUCAAUCUUGAUUGGGAUAAUAUUCGAGCCGAAGAUUUAAUGGCGGUGUUUUCGAGUUUUACAGCCAGCGGUCGUAUAAAGAGGGUUGCAAUCUAUCCGAGUGAAUUCGGCAAGGAGAGGAUGGAGAGAGAAGAAAUGGAAGGUCCACCCAAAGAGAUUUUUGCAUCCAAAGCCGAUUCAGAGGAUGAGGAUGAUUACGAGGAACAUGAAGACUCUGAAGAGGAGGAUGAAGCCAUCAAGAAGUCAAUCCUGAAGGAGGACGAGGGUGCCGAGUUCAAUACCACACAACUACGCCAGUAUCAAUUGGAGCGGUUACGCUAUUUUUACGCCAUUAUAGAGUUCUCGUCGAAGGACACCGCGAAGGAGGUGUAUGAUGCAGUUGAUGGCACGGAAUAUCUUACUAGCGCCAAUUUCUUUGACCUACGGUUUGUUCCUGACGACACCGACUUUUCAGAUGACAAGCCACGGGAGCAGUGCGAUCGUAUGCCCGAUGGCUAUAAACCUACCGACUUCGUGACAGAUGCCCUCCAGCAUAGCAAGGUUAAGCUUACGUGGGACGCGGACGACAAGGCUCGAAAGGAUGCGCAAGCAAAAGCGUUCAAAGGCGGACGACGAGAGAUUGAAGAGAAUGAUUUGAAAGCCUACCUAGCAAGUGACACUUCUGACGAUGAAGAUGAAGAACCGUUGGAGGUUGUCGAUGCCACUGCCAGCAAAACAACGAGUCUCUCAAAGAAGGAUGCGGAACGGCAACGGAUGCGCACACUACUUGGAUUAGGUGAGGAGUCUGUUGCGCCCUCGAAAUCCAAAUCAAAAGGACCUGUUGGCGAUAUGGAAAUCACUUUUACAUCGGGUCUAGCUGGUGAGCCAGCUCGGGAGUCUAUUUUUGAGAACGAACCAGAGAUCGAAGAGACCACCGUGGAGAAGUAUAUUCGCAAACAGCGAGAGCGCAAGAAACUGAGAAAGGAGAAGAUGAAGAAGAAGGGUGAAACAGCUGACGGUGCCAAGGACGAUGAAGAUGAACAUAAAGCUGCCGAAGAGGAUCUAGGCUUCAAUGAUCCAUUCUUUGAUGAACCCGAGAGCAAGGUUAAGAAUUCCCAACGCAAGGAAGAAAGACAGAAAAAGCGCGAAGAAAAGGCUGCCGAAGAAGCUGCCGCCUCUGCAAAGCGUGCCGAGCUCGAGCUUCUUAUGGUUGAUGAUAAGUCAGCGGGAAUGUCACAUUUCGACAUGAAUGAGAUUGAGAAAGCAGAGAAGAAAGCUCGUAAGAAGGGCAAGAAGGGAAAAUCCAAGCAAGAGCAAGAACCUGUCGCUGGAGAUGAUUUCCAGUUAGAUGUCGCAGAUCCUCGAUUUGCCAACCUUUUUGAGAGCCACGAAUUCGCCAUUGAUCCAACGAACCCCAAGUUCAAGGCUACUUCGGGAAUGAAGGCGCUUUUGGAAGAAGGCCGAAAGCGUCGGCGAGUGCGCGGUGCGGAUGAUGAUGCUCCGACCGAGACAUCGAAAAAGCAAAAGAAAACUUCUUCGAAGCGAGAAGAUCCAGCCGAGGAUGUGGAUUUGAAGAAAUUGGUUGCACGAGUCAAAAGCAAGACAACGAAGGUUUGA